AUGGUUCGCAAUAAUGAUUGGAGUCGACAGUUUGUAAAGAAAGUUAACGUAAAGGGUAGAGUACAAUGUACAUUCUGUAACAAACAAGUCUCGGACUCUGCCACACGAAUCAAAUCACAUUUGAAAGUAAGUUGUGGAUGUGUACAACUGUACUCAUUUCUUCAGAUAAUAUUUUUUUUAUUGUAAAUAUUUGUUUAUUAUUUAAAAGGCCGGUAUAAAAACCGUGUUUUGCCACUUAAAAUUAAGCUUUAAGUUUUUUUUGAGAUUAAGUGAAUAUGUUGUGGUCAUUGAAGAAUGUUACAGGUGUGUAAAGUGGCGCCUGACAGUGUUCGUGAGCUGAUAAAGAAGUACUUCAAAGAAUAUGAAAGUCGGAAAACCUUACCAUUAUGUGAUUUAUCUUUGGCUCGAACAGCUAAAACAGAUAAAAGACAACGGAUAAAGGUGGAAGAUGUAAACCCGGAUCAUACUCAACAGGUAAGGUAAUGUUUUUGACUGAUAAUUAACGUAUUAGCUGUUGAUGUGUAGAAGAACGUAAGAGAUAUAAAAACCGGUUGAACAUAUUUUCAAUGUUUUUAAAAGGCUUUUAAAAAGAAAAUAUAAUUAUGUUUUAGUGUGAAGAAUCUAACGUAGAAGAACCAGUAAUGCCUCUUGUGGCGACAGUUCUGGCAGAAUAUGAUCAGCAAAUGAGUUCUGAGGCAAUGUCUUUCCCAGGAAUAUCAGAAUCCGAUGAUAAUUAUGACCCAGCGUUUGGAGACAUUUUACAAGCACAAAUACAGCAGGUAUAGCAAACAAUUUUAUAUACUGAAGGCUUUUUUUAAUUUCUGUACAAAACACAAUUCGAACUUUCUUUUGGAUUUUCGAAAAAACAUUUAUUGGGUUUUGGCGUGAAGGAAAGGUCAGAAAAAGAUAGAAAUCACUUUAUUUGUAGUUCUUCUUUUAUGUUAACAUUUAAUUUUAUUCUUUAUUUUUAUUUUUUUGUUUUAUUUUAGUAAAAUAACUGUCAAACUUUUAAAUCUGUACGGUUAACUUUAUGAAUUUGCAAUUUUUGGUUACGUUUUAUGCCUAAAUUUCCUAAAUUUUAUGUUUAUACCUACUUUAGCUGUUGGACAAUAAGAACAUGUCUGAAUAUGGUGAAAGUGAUCCAGAAAUCUUGGAAAAGUUAAUUUCUCACUUCAAAGCUUUGGGAGAUCCGAAGAACAAAAGAUUCAAUCGAGUUGCUGGAAAGGUAUGUUAUUUAUCUUUUGUCUUGCUUUUAGGUGUAAAAUGUAGCCACGUCUUUUUCUAAAUUUAUUAUUUUUGGUCAAGAAAGAAAGAGUGUUUUGAUUAAACUAGAACUAGUUUAUUGGAGAAUGUUAAUUAACAUAAUAUUGAACUUUGUUGUAAAUAAAAACGUACUUUAGUUAAGAAAAAUUGUUUUUAGGUAAUUCCAGUAUUUGCAACGCGAGAAAAGGCAAUUUAUCACCUAACAUUGGAAGAAGAACAUCUAAACUCAAAAGGAUCUCUUCAUGGAGGACAAACUGCCGCUUUGGUUGAUAUUCUAACAGCCAGGGCUGUAGGAGUGCCAAAGGGAGAUGCUGAAGCAAGUGGUACUGUUUCUGUGGAGCUGUCUGUUAGGUAAGGGUUAAUUUCGGUCAUUAGAAUAAAUAAUAUUAUAUAAAAACUUUUAAAAAGUUAAUUUUAAGGUUAGUUUGUUGAUGAUGGGUGUAAUAAAUAAAAUUCUUUUAAUUUUAGUUACAUGAGAGCGUCAAAACAAGGUGAUUUGUUGGAAAUAGAAGCCCGUGUUGUUAAAGCUGGAGCCAGGGUAGCAUUCACAACGAUCGAGUUUAGAAAGCGCUCGGACAAGUCGGUGAUAGCUAAUGGGAAACAUACUGUAAUGUUUACUAAUCCUCCUGAACGAAAAGCAUAA